GGCGUUGGAACUUGGGAACAGUUGUGAAGAGGCUGCUGGCGCGGUGUGGCACCGCUGUAGGAUGUGAAAGAUGGCAAGUCCAGAUAGAAGUAAACGGAAGAUAUUAAAAGCAAAAAAAACAAUGCCUGCCAGUUGCCGGAAGCAAAGAGAGAUCCUCAAUAAGUCAAAGAAUGUUGAAGCACUGAAAACAGCAACAGUUGGGAAUAAUGUGUCAAGUGAUAAUCAGAAUUCAAGUAUUGGUGUCAUAAAUAACAAGUGUAGACAUUCUGAAAGUGAUGCUCCCUCGUUGGACUCUACCAAAAAUUCAAUAUGCUCGCAGAAAAGUAAUGUAGUUUCUCACAAUGUAGUAAAACCACUAGAAUUUGGUUUGGAAACAAGAUUGCAGUACAUUGAAGAACAAGUUGUAUGCCUUUACCAAAAGCCAAGCAAACCAAUAGAAUCUCACAGGAAACUGACUACACAAGAUGCAAAAGAUUCACAAAACACUUCUGAAAACCAUUUUGAAUAUCAGGCAAAUGUAACAAGAUCCUCUUUUGAACAGCACAAAGUGGAUUGUAAUCUGAAAUCCACUAGUGAUCCACGCAGUGUAUUGAGUGGUAUAGUUCAAAUGCCAGAGUCUACAGUAAUCAAUUCCUUGGAUGAUAAGAGAAUUGAUAAGAUGGUUUCCCAAUUACAAACACAUUAUAAAAGGCAAAAUGACAUAUUGACUGUAAGUUCAGACACCCAUUUUGUCCCUAUUGAUAAAACACAUAUGGUGGUGAAUUCAAUAAUUUCUAGUAACUGUACUGCUGACAGUUUGAAAGGUGAAGAAUCCUGUAGAGCCUGUCAUUCCAGCAUUUCAGAUUGUGAAAAUACAGACUCAACACGGCUGUCGUCACUUGACACAGAUAGGAGUAACAGCCAUAAUCAAAAGAAGAGGAUGUUUUCAGAAAACAAAGAAAAUGUUAAGCGCAUGAAAACUUCAGAGCAAAUUAAUGAAAAUAUUUGUGUAGCUCUGGAAAAGCAAACAGAAUUGGUGGAACAGGUCAGACAUUUGGUUCAACAGGAGAGCUAUAGUAUAAAUUACAAAUUAUUUGAUAACAAACUGAGAGAAUUGACCGAACGCAUUGGGAAGAUACAGUGCAGGAAUAAACAUGAAGCGAUAGCUGAUGAACUCAUCGCAAAAGUAGCAAAACUUCAAAGGCGUAUUACAAAGGUAUUAUCUCAAAGGAAUUGUUUGGAUCCAAACAUGUUACCCAGUAAUACAGACUGUAAGAUUGCAAAUUCAGAGACUUUAAAUUUGGAUAAGAAUCCAGAGUCCAUUAAUAGUCCAGAUAAAAGAAGGACUUCUGUGAACUCUGCACCUUCUAACCCUUCAGAAAAAGCAAGUGAAAAGAUUGAUUUGUCACAGGAUCAUGAUGAGGCUGUUUCUGAAAGUAACGAUGAUGUUAUAUUGAUUUCUGUGGAAAGCCCUAGUUUCACAACACCAAUUACAUCAAAUCUAACAGGUUCUGGAAAAGUUACAUCAGGAAAUUCUAAUAAUUCACCUAAUGCUGAUACUAAAGUUAUUAUGGCUGUCGAGAAAAAGAAACUUGAUUCUGUGAUUGAUCUGACAAAAGAAGGCCUAUCAAACUCCAACACAGAAAAUUCACUAUCCAUGCUGGAUUCACCUAUGAAAUCUGUUUCAAUCUCAAAAGAGACAACCGCAGUUGCACAAAAUGCAGCCCAGGUUCUUGAGUCCUUUGAGCAUCUGCCACCCCUCCCAGCACCACCACCACUACUGCCUGAACUGAUAGAAAAAAUUCGAGACACACUACCUCCCCAGAAGCCUGAGCUCAAAGUGAAACGGGUGCUGAGACCCAAGGGCAUUGCCCUGACUUGGAACAUCACCAAAAUCAAUCCCAAGUGUGCUCCAGUGGAAAGCUACCACCUUUUCCUGUGCCAUGAGAACCCUACUAAUAAGUUGAUUUGGAAGAAAAUUGGAGAAAUUAAAGCUUUACCACUCCCCAUGGCCUGUACUUUAUCACAAUUUUUAGCUUCCAACAAAUAUUAUUUUACUGUCCAAUCAAAGGACAUUUUUGGACGAUAUGGACCAUUUUGUGAUAUAAAAUCCAUCCCUGGGUUUUCUGAAACUCUUACCUAAAAGAACAGACUUUAAUAAUUAUAUAUUGUACCACAUUGUUUUGUUUUAUAUUUGUUUACAAUAUUAUUCUAACACUAUUCACUAUCUUACAGGGCCAAUUAAGAUUGUGAACCCUUUGUAUCGGGACAGUCAUCUUCCCUAUGUUGUAGUGGACUCUGUUGUCAUGAAUUUCUUACUCAGUAAGUACUUCCCAUGGAUAUAUUCCAAAAUAUGCACAGGAUCCAUGUUGCUAAGCUGUACUGUGUGUAAUACUUUUGAUCACUGUGGAGCUGCUGCUGCUAUCAGAAGCCUUAGGAUACAAGCAGCCACCUUUUUUUCCUAUUAAUAGUCAACUUUUGGUGAUCUGCUUGUUGUCAGUAUAAGUACAGGAAAAAUCAGCUCUUCACUGAGGACAGAUCAUCCCUUGGACGCAUCUCCACCAAGAUUUUAUGAAAAUAAAUGUCUUCCUGUUCUGUUCAAAUUCUAAGGGCUAUUUGUGUACCUACCUCCUUUUUUGUUGUCAUGAUAUCAA